AUGGAGCCUCCGGAUCGUAACAAGCCCAGCAGGCAGGCCAACCCACUGGACAAUGUGUCUCAACAAAACCAGGAGGAAGAAUCCUGCGACUCUCCCAGUGAGGAAGAGGAAGCCACAUACAGUACUUCACCUCCUUUCAACCAACGUCAGAUGAAACGCUUGUCAGUCAAACACCAGAGAAACUGUCAAGCUCGGAGUGGUGGCCGUUCUCCCAACAAAAUGGAAUUGAAUCCUUCUUUGGUGAAGGAGAAUCCCAGGUUAGUGGAGAGUCCUGAAGAACAUAGCUACAAGCAGGGUAAAAAGCAGAGAGCUACGUUACGUUCCUCGGAAAGGGACAACAAGAAGACCUUUGAAGGAGCCUUCAUGCUGGAUCCUCUCUCAAAGUCUGUCCCAUUUGGCGCCCUCAGCAUGGAUCCACGUAAACAUUACUUAAGCUUAAGUAGCAAGCUCCCAGUGUCAAUACCACACUUGGCCCGGACACAUAGGCAAACCUCGCGAACUGACUGCCCUGCUGACCGCCUUAAGUUUUUUGAAACACUACGAUUGCUGUUAAAACUCACUUCAAUGUCCUCUAAACGAAAGGAGAAGGAGCAGAGGGGUUUGGAAAACAUGGCUUUCAUGGGCCACAACAAUGAGGUUAUUUGGUUAGAACUUCAAGCGUGGCAUGCACGUCGCAGCACUAGUGACCAAGACUUGUUUUUGUUCACGGCUCGCCAGGCCAUUCCUGACAUCAUAAAUGAAGUGUUGCACUUUAAGGUCAACUAUGGAAGCCUGCGACUGGCCCAGAGCUCAGAGCUGCCGUCCUCGCAGGACUCCUCCCCAAGUGGGAGUGAGGAGCACGAUUCGUCUAUUGUUGAAGUCAACCACAUUGGGGCAGGCCAGUGGGGCUUCAGCGCCUGCCCCUCUAUGAAUGCGGCUGAGCCUCUGGGCUCAGGGACGGACUGCAGAGAGCACCUGCAGCGACAGCGGCUGGCCUUUGAGCAGGUUAAGCGAGUGAUGGAGUUACUGGAGUCUGUGGAAGCCUUGUACCCAUCGUUGCAAGCCUUGCAGAGGGAUUAUGAGAAGUAUGCAGCUCGGGACUUCCAAGGCAGGGUGCAGGCACUCUGCCUGUGGCUAAAUAUCACUCAGGACCUUAACCAGAAGCUCCGUGUUAUGGCCACUCUGCUUGGGCUGCAUGAUCUGUCUCGUAUCGGUUGGCCGGUGUUUGAAAUACCCUCACCGCGCUGUUCCCGUGGCAAUGAUGAAGAGGAGAAUGAAGAGGAUGAGGAGAAUGAUUCAACUGCCACAUUCACAGCUGAGAGUGAUGCAGAGGAGGAGAUGACACUCGGCACCGUGGCGGGCGACCUGUCUCCUUCUCUCACUCCCAAAUUUGCCCAAUUGUUGUCGGAGGACGAAUUUCUGUCAUCUGCAGCUUCUGGCACAGCAGACACAUCUGGAGGAGUAUUCUGUCCGACAGCAAUUUACAGACCAUUUGUGGAUAAAGCUCUGAAACAAAUGGGGCUACGUAAACUGAUCCUGCGACUGCACAAACUCAUGGACCGGUCUCUGCAGAGAUCGAGGGCAGCGCUGCUCUGUCAUGUGCCGGUGCAGGAGUUUUCUGAUUUCCCAGACUCAAUGUUGUACAGUGACUACCUACCAGAGCUGUCUCGCACUGUGUCAUGCACUGGCUCAGGACUUUUGGACCAGGUUUCGUGGGAGGACUUGCAGGACAUGGACCUCCCAUCUUUUCGCCCAGCGUUCCUUGUGCUGUGUCGAGUGCUUCUUAAUGUUAUUCACGAAUGCCUUAAACUGCGACUUGAACAAAGGCCUGCCGGUGAACCUUCUCUCCUCAGUAUCAAACAGUUGGUGCGAGAGUGUAAAGAAGUUCUUAAAGGCGGCCUUUUGAUGAAACAAUACUAUCAGUUCAUGCUGCGUGGAGUUGUGACUGACGCUCAGGGACUCCAAACUAACGCUAACAUAGAUGAUUUUGAGGAAGAUCUGCACAAAAUGCUUGUGGUUUACUUUGACUACAUGCACAGUUGGAUCCAAAUGCUGCAGCAGCUUCCACAGGCCUCACACAGUUUAAAGAACUUGUUAGAGGAGGAAUGGCACUUCACAAAGGUCAUCACUCCCUACAUCAGGGGUGGAGAGGCCCAGUCCGGGAAGCUCUUCUGUGACAUUGCGGGGAUGUUAUUAAAAUCAACAGGAGAAUUUCUUGAUGCUGGCUUGCAAAGAAGCAGCAAAGAAUUCUGGGAAAAUGCAGAUGACAGCUCGGCAUCAGAUGAAAUCAGGCGUUCGGUUAUUGAAACAAGUCGAUCACUUAAAGAGCUGUUUCAUGAGGCAAGAGAACGAGCUUCCAAGGCUUUAGGCUUUGCAAAAAUGCUUCGCAAGGACCUUGAAAUUGCAGCCGAUUUCAGUAUCACUAAUGGUGUAUCUUGUCUACUGGAAGCACUCAAGAAGAGAAAUUACAUAAAGGUUGUGAUUCCUGGCUUAGAGGAACUUCAAGUCUUUGUUCCUUGUGGCCUGAUGGAGCAGCGGUCUAUGAUCUUGCAGCUCCUAAACGCUGCAGCAGGAAAAGACUGCUCUAAAGAACCAGACGAGAUCCCGGAGGAAGAGGCCUACCUACUGAUGAGCAAACAUGGAUCUAAAGACUCGAUAUCAGAGUCUGAAUGGGCUCUGUGGGAUGGAAACUCGCUCACUCUGGUGUCCCAGCUCGAGACAGUGGACACUCUGAGCGCAAUGACGGUUGAAAACAUGCUAUUGAUUGUGAUGCAUUCUGCUCACCUGGUGGCCCAGCGCAAAGCAUUUCAGCAGUCCAUGGAGGAUGUGCUCACUCUGAACCGAGAGCAGACCUCAAGUCAACCACUCAUCGCAACAGCAUUGCAGGAACUUAAGAAUGAAGCACUACUGCUCUGCAUAAAGAUCAGCUCUGCCAUAGACCAGGUGGAGUACAUGUUUACUACAGAUAUCGAAGCCGAGGUGGAAGAGUCUGAGUCUGCCACACUACACCAAUACUACAGAGAGGCCAUGAUACAGGGAUAUAACUUUGCCUUUGAGUAUCACAAAGAAGUUGUACGUUUGAUGUCUGGAGAGUUCAGACAGAGGAUCGGGGAGCGAUACAUAGCGUUCGCCCGCAAAUGGAUGAACUAUGUCCUGACCAAAUGUGAAAGUGGCAGAGGAACAAAGCCCAGAUGGGCUACUCAGGGAUUUGACUUUCUUCAGGCAAUCGAACCAGGCUUUAUUUCUGCACUACCAGAGGAUGACUUCUUGAAUUUGCAAGCCUUGAUGAAUGAAUGCAUUGGACAUGUAAUUGGGAAGCCUCACAGUCCUGUAACGGGAAUAUACAUUGCACCCAGAAACAGUCCGCGUCCAGUGAAGGUUCCCCGAUGCCAUAGCGAUCCUCCAAAUCCAAACUUGUUUAUCUCUAACGCUGAAGGCUUUAGCUCCCGAAGCCUUCCUUGUGACCUCCGGACCCAGCUGUUCCCCAAUGGCCCCCGACCUGCCACUGUUAGCCCCGGGGAUUCUUCCAAAGUUCUCAGCAGCACCCCCACUGACACCAGAGUUUCCAGUUUUCAUGAAAAUGACCGUGUCUCAUCAGUCGCUGCAGAAUUACAAUUUAAAUCCAUAAGUCGUCAUUCGAGCCCAACAGAAGACAGAGAAGAGCCCACGUAUCCCAGAGGAGACCCCACUGUUGUUCGUCGCAGCUGGGAGCUGCGCACCUGCAUCAAGGAUUCAGCCUCAAGACAAUGUCCUAUGGAGACUGUUCGACGAUCUAUUCGCAAAUUUGAGGAGAAGCGCUAUGCUGUUUUAAAACAACGUAAUAUCAUUGGCCAAGUUUGUCACACUCCAAAGUCAUAUGACAAUGUCAUGCAUGUAGGACUCAGGAAAGUGACUUUCAAAUGGCAAAGAGGCAACAAGAUUGGUGAGGGGCAGUACGGAAAAGUGUACACCUGCAUCAAUGUUGACACUGGAGAAUUAAUGGCCAUGAAGGAGAUUCGAUUUCAGCCAAAUGAUCACAAAACAAUCAAAGAGACAGCUGAUGAACUCAAAAUAUUUGAAGGAAUUAAACAUCCUAACUUGGUGCGGUACUUUGGAGUGGAGCUUCAUCGAGAGGAGAUGUACAUCUUCAUGGAAUACUGUGAUGAGGGAACUUUGGAGGAAGUCUCCCGCCUCGGGCUGCAGGAGCAUGUGAUACGACUGUACAGUAAACAAAUCACUACAGCCAUCAACGUCCUGCAUGAACACGGCAUUGUGCACAGAGACAUCAAGGGAGCAAACAUUUUUCUGACAUCGUCUGGCCUCAUAAAGCUGGGUGACUUUGGAUGCUCAGUGAAGUUGAGAAACAAUACUCAUACAAUGCCAGGAGAGGUCAACAGCACGUUAGGCACUGCAGCAUACAUGGCGCCCGAGGUCAUUACAAGAGCUAAAGGUGAAGGUCAUGGACGUGCAGCAGAUAUUUGGAGCUUGGGCUGUGUACUAAUCGAAAUGGUGACUGGAAAGAGGCCAUGGCACGAGUAUGAGCACAACUUCCAGAUUAUGUAUAAAGUGGGAAUGGGGCACAAACCACCAAUCCCCGAGAAACUCAGCACUGAAGGAAAGGAUUUCCUUGGCCACUGUUUGGAGAGUGAACCCAAGCGACGCUGGACAGCCAGUAUGCUGUUAGACCAUCCUUUUGUCAAGGUUUGUACAGAUGAGGAGUAA